AUGGCUUCCAGUAGAGCUGUCUUUUUUAAAGACAACAGAAAGCUUAUUGUGGAGUCCCUUGAGACAAAUUGCGAUCACGAUUAUGUGGAGUACUUCCAAAAGGCAACCAAUUCGAGCCAAAAUAUACACACUUUCCGAGUGACAAAAUUGGUUUCUGCUUUUAGCAUCGAUGUCGUAGAAAAGGUAACAAAAACACAGAGACUCUUUUAUAAAACCAAAAUUAGUGGGGGCUGCGAUUUCAUAAACCAUCCGAUGCUGUACAAAUUAUUAGGCGAAAGCUAUCGCAAAAUGACAGUAAAUGGAAGUUUUAUAAAAUGUCCAGUAAAGCCGCAGAUUUACUAUUUAAAAACCGAUGGCCCAUCAUCGAUAACUCCCAGAAUCCAUUCGCCUGGACGCUUUCAGCUUACAAUACGGGUUAAAGUGCCGGAAAGUUCUCAACCAUUCGCUUUGGAAAUGUUGUGGAAGUACAAAAUUGUUUUUGUCAAAUAA